AUGGCGGUACAGGAGGUCAAGGAGACCCUAAACACGAUCAAAGAAGGGGUCACGAAAUUGGCUCCUAUGGCGUCAACCAGCUACGCCCAGGUCGCAGCCCGACCUAAACCAGAGAGUGUGGAACAAAGACCCAACCACACUCUCAUAAUCUCGUCCCAAAACAAGCAGGAGACCAGCGAGCAACUACUCGCAAAGAUCAAAUACUCGCUGGAUCUAAAGAAGUCUGGGGCGAGGAUGGAAAGGGUCCGGAAGGCGCGCGACCAGAAGAUCGUGGUGAGGUGCGCCUUAAAAGAGGACAUGGCUAAGAUCAAGGGUCAGGUACAGAAAAAUUCAGGACUGACGGUGCGGGAGCCCACAAACCAAGACCCCCUGGUUUGCGUGAGGGGAGUGCUGUCAAGUUACUCCAACGAGGAAAUUGUAGACCUCAUAAAAGCACAAAACGGCUACAUUCUCGAAGGAGUCGACAGGGCAGCGCUUAGGAUGAAGGUGCGGUUUAGAAAACGCGCCCGAAACCCCCACGAGUGCCACCCGAUAAUCGAGCUCUCCCCGGCGCUCUGGAGAAGGUUUGUGGACAGGGGAAAGAUUUACGUAGGGUUCGGAAGAUGCGCCGUUGAGGACCAGUCUCCGCUUGUCCAGUGCAUGAGGUGCCUUGGAUUCGGACACACCAAGGCCUUCUGCAAACAGGAAAAUGACGCCUGCAACUAUUGUGCCGGCGAACACACGGGGGGAAACUGUCCCUCGAGGGCGAGAAGCGAACCACCCAAGUGCAUAAACUGCUUCAGAGCAAAAAGAUCUGGUCCCGACCUGGCACACACAGCGUAUAGUGCAGAAUGCCAGGAACGAAUAAAAUGGGACAACAUAGCUCGAUCAAGUACAAUACUGCUAAGGGCGACCCGGAGGCCAAAGUUGUGGUCCCUUACGGAGAGACGGUCGGAGCAGGAUGCGCUUUGCGCUUCAUACAAGCAAACCUGCAGCGCUCAAAGUUGGCAACGGACGAACUGCUUCAGGUGGCCCGGGAGAAGAGGAUCUCUCUCGCUCUAG